GGCGCUCGGUUCCCCCGCACCCGCGCUCGGUUCUGGGCUCCCGCGCUCGGUUCCUGGCGGCUCGGCGCUAUGGAAGACCAGAGCCCAGUGGAGGAGAAGGGACUGCGCUGCCAGAACCCAGCCUGCAUGGACAAGGGCCGGGCUGCCAAGGUGUGCCAUCAUGCCGACUGCCAGCAGCUGCACCACCGGGGGCCCCUCAACCUGUGUGAGGCUUGUGACAGCAAGUUCCACAACACCAUGCACUAUGAUGGGCACGUUCGCUUUGACCUGCCCCCACAAGGCUCCGUCCUGGCCCGGAAUGUUUCCACCCGCUCCUGCCCCCCACGCACCAGCCCUGCUGCAGACCUGGAGGAAGACGAGGAAAGCUGUUUGGAUGGAAAAGGGGACCGGAAGAGCACAGGCCUAAAAAUCUCCAAGAAGAAAGCAAGAAGGAGACACACGGAUGACCCAAGCAAGGAGUGCUUCACCUUGAAGUUUGACCUGAAUGUGGACAUUGAGACAGAAAUUGUGCCGGCCAUGAAGAAGAAGUCACUCGGGGAGGUGCUGCUGCCUGUGUUCGAAAGGAAGGGCAUUGCACUGGGCAAAGUGGACAUCUACCUAGAUCAAUCCAACACACCCCUGUCCCUCACCUUCGAGGCCUACAGGUUUGGAGGACACUACCUGCGGGUCAAAGCCAAGCCCGGGGACGAGGGCAAAGUGGAGCAGGGAGUGAAGGAUUCCAAGUCCCUGAGUCUGCCUGUCCUGAGGCCCCCCCUGUCGGAGCGCGUCGACCCUCAGAACCGCCGAGAGAACAGUCUGGACAUCUUGGCCCCCGGCCGCCGUCGCAAGAACAUGUCUGAGUUCCUGGGGGAGGCGAGCAUCCCUGGGCAGGAGCCCCUCACGCCUUCCAGCUGUUCUCUGCCUGUUGGCAGCAGCGGGGGCACCAGCAGCGGGGGUAGCGAGAGCUGGAAGAACAGGGCAGCCAGUCGCUUCAGCGGUUUCUUCAGCUCCAGCCCCAGCACCGGUGCCUUCAGUCGAGAAGUGGACAGGAUGGACCAGCUGGAGAGCAAGCUCCACGCCUACAGCCUCUUCGGGCUACCCCGUAUGCCCCGGAGGCUGCGCUUUGACCAGGAUUCCUGGGAGGAGGAAGGAGAGGAUGAUGAGGAGGAUGAAGACAGCAUGAGCCUGAGGCUGGAGGACAGCUGGAGGGAGCUCAUUGACGGGCAUGAGAAGCUGACCCGGCGGCAGUGCCACCAACAGGAGGCAGUGUGGGAACUCCUGCACACAGAGGUCUCCUACAUCCGGAAACUGCGCGUCAUCACCAACCUGUUCCUGUGCUGCCUUCUUAACCUGCAAGAGUCGGGGCUCCUGUGUGAGGUGGAGGCUGAGCGCUUGUUCAGCAACAUCCCUGAGAUCGCGCGGCUGCACCGAGGGCUGUGGGGCAGCGUGAUGGUGCCGGUGCUGCAGAAGGCGCGGCGGACGCGGGCGCUGCUGCAGCCGGGGGACUUUCUCAAAGGCUUCAAGAUGUUCGGCUCACUCUUCAAGCCAUACAUCCGAUACUGUAUGGAGGAGGAGGGCUGCAUGGAGUACAUGCGCGGCCUGCUGCGUGACAACGACCUGUUCCGCGCGUAUGUCACGUGGGCGGAGAAACACCAGCAGUGCCAGCGGCUGAAGCUGAGCGACAUGCUAGCCAAGCCCCACCAGCGGCUCACCAAAUACCCACUGCUGCUCAAGUCCGUCCUGAGGAAGACAGACGAGCCCCGCGCCAAGGAAGCCGUCAUCACCAUGAUCGGCUCUGUGGAACACUUCAUACACCAUGUGAACACGUGCAUGCGGCAGCGCCAGGAGCGCCAGCGGCUGGCAGGGGUGGUGAGCCGCAUCGAUGCCUACGAGGUGGUGGAGGGCAGCAACGACGAGGUGGAUAAGCUCUUGAAGGAGUUUCUACACCUGGACCUGACAGCACCCAUGCUUGGCGCCUCCCCUGAAGAGACUCGACAGCUGCUGCUGGAAGGGAGCUUGAGGAUGAAAGAGGGGAAGGACAGCAAGAUGGACGUGUACUGCUUCCUGUUCACUGAUCUGUUCGUGGUGACCAAGGCUGUGAAGAAAGCAGAGAGGACGAAGGUCAUCCGGCCACCACUGCUGGUGGACAAGAUCGUGUGCCGGGAGCUUCGGGACCCUGGUUCCUUCCUCCUCAUCUACCUGAACGAAUUCCACAGUGCCGUGGGGGCCUACACGUUUCAGGCCAGCAGCCAGGCCUUGUGCCGGAGCUGGAUGGACAGUAUAUACAACGCACAGAACCAACUGCAGCAGCUGCGUGCACAGCUGUGUGCACAGGAGCAGCCAGGCAGCCAGCACCUGCAGAGCCUGGAAGAGGAGGAGGCCGAGCAGGAGGAGGAGGAGGGUGAGGAGAGCAGCACCUCAGCUGCCAGCUCCCCCACCAUCCUUCGAAAGAGCAGCAACAGCCUCGCCUCGCAGCAGCGCAGUGUCUCUGAUGGCUCCACUGAGACCCUGGCCAUGGUCGUGGUAGAGCCCGGGGAGACCCUGUCGUCCCCAGAGUUUGACCCUGGUCCCUUCGGCUCCCAGUCGGAUGAGACCUCCCUUAGCAACACUGCUUCAUCCAUCACGCCCACCAGCGAGCUGCUGCCCCUCGGCCCUGUGGACGGCCGCUCCUGCUCUAUGGAUUCUGCCUAUGGCACCCUGUCCCCUACUUCUCUUCAAGACUUUGUGGCUCCGCCCGCUGUGGUCGAGCCGGUGCCCCUGCCUCAGCCCCUAGAGUUGUCACAGACCCCUUCGCCCCCGCCCUCGCCCCGCCUCCGCCGCCGCACUCCUGUCCAGCUGCUCCCUCGGCUGCCCCGCCUGCUCAAGUCCAAAUCUGAGGCUAGCCUCCUACAGUUGCUGUCAGGAAGUGCCACCCGAAUAGUGCCCCCAGCUCCCAGCCGCAGCCUGUCUGAACUGUGCCUGAUCACUGUGGCCCCUGGAGCUAGGACUCGGAGCUCCCUUCAGGAAGGCGGGCCUGCCUGGAAUUGCCCAGGGGCCUGCGGCCAUGGCCCUGACUUGUCAGGACCUGCGAACAGAGCCAGCCGCUUGACCUGGGGGCCUGCGGAUUCUGCCAGCAGGGGAUGCAGAGAAAUGCCUUCUGGAGCUGCUCCCAGGGUACAGCCUGAGCCUGCCCCUCCCCCAGGGAUCUCUGCUCAACACAGGAAGCUGACCCUGGCCCAGCUCUAUCGGAUCAGGACCACCCUGCUGCUCAACUCCACGCUCACUGCCUCGUGA